GCCGAGCGCGGGCUGACUUGGCUGCGGGCUGUCUACGGAGCGGCUGGGAGGAUGGGUCUCUCCGCCGCGGCCCUGCUGUGGGGCCUCCCAGGGCUUCUCCUGACCAUCGCCCUGCACCCGGCUCUCUCCCCGUGCCCCGCCCAGGCCUCCGUGCCCGCGCACCGGGACUACUGUGUCCUGGGUGCCGGGCCCGCGGGGCUGCAGAUGGCCUACUUCCUGCAGCGGGCCGGCAGGGACUACGCCGUGUUCGAACGCGCCCCGAGACCGGGCAGCUUCUUCACGCGCUACCCGCGGCACCGCAAGCUCAUCAGCAUCAACAAGCGGUACACAGGCAAGGCCAACGCCGAGUUCAACCUCCGCCAUGACUGGAACUCUCUGCUCAGCCACGACCCCCGGCUGCUCUUCAGACACUACUCCAACGCCUACUUCCCCGAUGCCGGCGACAUGGUGCGCUACCUGGGCGACUUUGCAGACCGGCUGGGGCUUCACGUGCUGUACAACACAACCAUUGCCCACGUCACUCUGAACAAGGAUCAACGGGCCUGGAAUGGCCAUUACUUCAUCCUGACCGACCAGAAGGGCCAGGCAUACCAGUGUAGCGUCCUUCUCGUGGCCACUGGCUUGUCAGUGCCCAACCAGGUGGACUUCCCUGGCUCCGAAUACCUGGAUGGUUAUGAGUCCGUGUCUGUGGAUCCCGAGGACUUCGUGGGUCAGAAUGUGCUGAUCCUGGGCCGGGGGAACUCGGCCUUUGAGACGGCGGAGAACAUCUUGGGUGUCACCAACUUCAUCCACAUGCUGAGCCGCUCCCGGGUCCGGCUCUCCUGGGCCACCCACUACGUCGGCGACCUCAGGGCCAUCAACAAUGGCCUGCUGGACACCUACCAGCUGAAGUCCCUGGACGGGCUGCUCGAGUCUGACCUGACGGAUCUGGCCAUUGUGAAGGACCUCGAGGGCAAAUUCCACGUCACCCUGAAGUUCUUCCUGGAGGAAGGCAACCGGAGUGCCGACGCCAUCCCCCUCCCCCAGGACGAUAACGACAACUUCGCCUUGCGCGUGGGCUACGACCGGGUCAUCCGCUGCCUGGGCUGGAACUUCGACUUCUCCAUUUUCAGCAAGUCCCUCCGACUCUCUGCAGGGGGUGAGCUCAGCAAGAAGUACCCCCUGGUGAAAGCCAGCUAUGAGUCCAAAGGGAGCCGGGGCCUCUUUGUCCUGGGGACUGCCAGCCACUCCGUGGAUUACCGGAAAUCUGCUGGGGGCUUCAUCCAUGGAUUCCGAUACACAGUGCGUGCCGUCCACCGGCUGCUGGAGCAGCGUCAUCACGGCGUCACCUGGCCCUCCACCAAGCACCCCAUCACACAGCUGGCCAGUGCCAUCAUCCGCCGCGUCAACGAGGCUUCUGGGCUCUACCAGAUGUUCAGUGUGCUGGCCGACGUGGUCCUGUUGGAGGAGAAUGCCACUGCUUUUGAGUACCUGGAGGAGUUCCCCAUGCAGGCGCUGGCCCAGCUGGAGGCAAUCACGGGAAGAAGGGCAAGGCACGGGCUCUUCGUCAUCAAUAUGGAGUACGGCCGGAAUUUCUCUGGGCCCGACAAGGACGUCUUCUUUUAUGACCGCUCUGUGGGGCACACGGAAGACGCCUGGCUGUCGAACUUCCUCCAUCCUGUCAUCUACUACUAUAGGCACCUCCCCACCGAGCAGGAGGUAAGGUUCCGCCCUGCAGGCUGGCCUCUGCCGCGGCCCACGGCCAUCCACCACAUCGUGGAAGAUUUCCUGACGGACUGGACGGCCCCGGUGGGGCACAUUCUGCCCCUGAGGCGCUUCCUGGAGAACUGCUUAGACACCGAUCUCCGGAGCUUCUAUGCAGAGUCCUGUUUCCUAUUCGCCCUAACACGCCAGAAGCUGCCACCCUUUUGCCAGCAGGGGUACCUGAGAACACAGGGGCUCGUGGGAACUGAGAGCCUCCGCCAGCACGGCGUGGAGAGCGGGCUCCUGUGGGACUAUGCCACUGUGGGCCGGGGGGUCAGCGGCCAGCAACCUGGCGACCACGGGCCAGGACAGCACCCUCUGGCUCCAGGGCCUCCGGUCUCGCCCUUCGACAGCAACAAAGAGGAGCUCUGAUGGCCAGGCUUCUCCCGCCCAGGCCCACAGUCGGCCCUGCCCUUUCCCCACAGUUCAGUGCUCCCACCGACAUGAUUGCCAGAGACACCUCAGAUCAUCGCAGUGACCGCACCAAAGCCACACGGAGGGCACGGAAGGGCUGAAGGGCGGCCACUCGGUGGUCUCCCCUCCUGUUCGGUUCAGAGGUGCCUGGGAAGUGGGGACCAGAGAAAGCAUCUUCUGCCAGAUGGAAGGGAGCUGCCUUCCACACCGGACUUGUCUGCAAAUGAGCUGUCACGGAACACCAGGCUGGCCUCACUUCUGUCCCCAUCAAGUGCCCAGUGGUUCCUUUUCCUUCCAGUUGUCGACUUAAAAAAUAUUCACAACCUAAAA